AGGCCCCUCCCGCCCGGAAGGUUCUGAAGCGGAAGUGGGGUGGCGGAAGUGAGCUACCUGAGCGACAGUUGCCAUGGAGUCCGCGGAAGACUGGCUGGUGGAAUCCUUGCGCUUGUACCAGGAUUUCCAUGCAUUCGACCUCCCAGGAGCCACUCGAGUCCUUGAAUGGAUUGGUGACAAAGGAGUUUUUGUUGCUGGCUAUGAAAAGUUGAAAAAAAAUGAAAUUCUUCACCUGACGUUACCCCCCCGGCUUUCUGUAAAAGAAAACCAGGGCUUAUUCCCAGAAAGAGAUUUCAAGGUCUGCCACGGAGGAUUUUCAGACAGGUCUAUCUUUGAUCUGAAGCACGUGCCAGACACCAGGUUGCUGGUGACCAGUGGCCUUCCAGGUUGUUACCUGCAGGUGUGGCAGAUCGCAGAGGACAGUGAUGUCAUUGAAGCUGUCCGCACCAUUGCUGUGCAUGAGAAAGAGGGGAGUCUCUGGCCGAGGAUCGCCAUCUUCUCGUCAGUGGCACCUGGAGUCCUCCACGGGGCGCGGCUCAGCGGCCUGAAGGUUGUGGAUCUGGAAUCCCAGAAGGUCACAUACACCUCAGGUGUCAGUGACAGUGAGGAGCUGAGUAGCCUGCAGGUCCUGGACGCGGACACCUUUGCCUUCUGCUGCACCUCGGGCCGGCUGGGGCUCGUUGACACCCGCCAGAAGUGGGCGCCAGCAGAGAAUGUCAGCCCCAGCCCCGGGGCUGGUGGAGGGAGGUGGUGUGCAGAAGUCAGGGGCCAGGGCCCUGGGCCCAGCAUUGCCAGCCUGUGCUCAGAUGGGCUGCUCUGUCUUCUUGACCCUCGGGACCUCUGCCAUCCUGUGCGCUCAGUGCGGUGUCCAGUGUCCACACCCAGCCCUGACCCAGAGCUGCUGCGAGUGACUUGGGCUCCAGGCCUGGACAGCUGCUUGGCCAUCUCAGGUUUUGAUGGGACAGUCCAGGUCUAUGAUGUCACGUCUCUGGAUGGAAUGGAGGGCCACGUAGAACCUCUCUUCACUCACAGAGGUCACGUCUUCCUAGAUGACCAUGGGACAGGCGCUGCUCCGCUGGUCACCACCCACACCUGGCACCCCCGCAAGCCAAGGACUUUGUUGUCAGCAGCAAGUGAUGCCUCUGUGCACGUGUGGGACUGGGUGGACCUCCGUGUCUCCCGCUGACACCAACGUCUUCCUGCCAGGCCCCUGGAAGAGGAGCUGCUGUACGCACAACAAGGGCACUGAUUUAGGACUCAAGUGACCACAGUCCCUGUUACCAGCGGAGUCACCUUGGGCCAGUGAAGCAGCCUCUCUUAGCCUCAGUGUCUUUAUUGGUAAAAUGAGAAGAGUAGUAACUACCUCACAGGGUUGUUGGGGAAGUUAGAAGAAAUAUAUGGGGAAAUACCAGGUAGGAUGCAGGAUAGGGAUUUGGUGGCUACUCUUAGAUCAGACAGUUGUGGGCGACAGGAUCCUGCUGCUUCCAGCAGGUGUCAAUCCCACAGGUUUUGGGCACGAGAGACGCCUUCCUGGCCUAAUGGAUGGUGGGGGGCCUUCUCAAGAGCAGUGCUGACCAUGCACAGUCAUUCCUGGUGUCCUGACUUUACAGCCCACCCCCAUGUAAGCUCUGGCUCCCGGCACUUUGUACAGUUGGGAGGCUGAUAUAGCGAUUAAGACACUUGUGUUGGAGUCAGAUCAGAGUGUGCAUGUGUGGAAGGCUUCAGAGACAUAAGUCUGGGGCCCAGGCCCACAGCAACCUGCCCACCAGCUCUCUUGGGGCUGCUCCUGUCAACCCCUAAUCAAAACUCAGAGAUCCAUCCAACAAUACAGCUACUUUGCAAUAGGACCCAAAGGUUCAAUCGUGUCAGUAAAGACCAGUGAAGCCCCGUGAUUCUGGCUGGCUGCUGCUGGAUGACAGCUCCUCCUUGAUCAGCGUAGUGCUCAGCAUUUUAAGAAGUUUUCAUUUAGCCCUCGCCGGUUUGGCUCAAUGGAUAGAGCAUCGGCCUGCGGACUAAAGGGUCCCAGGUUUGAUUCCGGCCAAGGGCACAUGCCUGGGUUGUGGGCUCGAUCCCCACUCAUUUAACAGGGACCGCUCAGAGCAACCAAGGCUGUGCAUUCUCUGAAGAGUCCGUGUGAACUUGGGAGGAAAACUGUAGUUCCAAGAAACAGGCAAAUUCCACUUUGACACAAACAGCGAAGUACUGCACAUCCCCCUCACUGCUGGCAACUCGGGUGGCUCUGUCUCUCACAUUCCUCUAUUUUGACUAGUCAGAACUAGGUUCCAUAUCUCACCUGCAGCCCCCAUCUUCCGGGUUCUGCAAGUCCUCCGGCCACUGCCUCCUCUCCACUUUCUGGGUGUUUUGUCUCACCCAGAUCUGGGUCCCCUGGGGCAGGACAGUCAGGUACUCUUCCAGGACUAGCAACUCCAGAUCUGCUCUUUCGUACACUUCUCUGGUCUCGGCCCCUGGCGACAGAGCUCCCGGAGAUGGAUGAGAGUCUCCUGGGGUGCUGACGCUUCUUGAGAGUGGAAAUGCCAAAGCAUUGGUCUGGGGCCACUCCCUUGAAGGGAAAUUUCCUGCUCCCAGUGAGAAUCUUCCAGCUUCACUAUUCGAAGCUCUCCUUGUACUUGAGGAGCCCGGAUUUGUUGGUCCCCAGCUACAGCCAUUGUUCAGCUCAGAGAAGAACCUUAUAACCGUGUUCUGAAGUCGAAACCUCUUCCUUUACCUCGUUGGGAAGCCACCGUCAGAGGGGAGCCACUCAGUAGAACUAGAACCAGAGACAUACAUUACAGAGUGAACCCUAGUGAAAGCCGCCAGUGUCAGUCAUCCCAGCAGGACUGAGGUGAAGAAAGAGCCUUCCUGUUCUUCCCUCCCCGUGUGUUGGUGCCCGUGGGGUCUGGCCCUCUCACUGGGGAGGCAGCUCCAGAAGUUUGAUAGGAGGGGGCAAAGACAGGUGAUCUGGUUGGAAAGUAAAGGCGUAUGGAGCUGUGUUUGCAUAGCAAUUUGAGAAAAUGCCAGUUAUCCAUGCUAAAGAAUGAGGAUGGGCUACAGAGAUAAUGGGGACAAUAAACUCACCCUCCGCAGCCACUGGUCACCAGUGUUGCAAAGUGAAUGUGCAGGGCCAGCACAGAGGGCGCCCAACGUAGCAGCACCUUGGAGAGCAGCACCGGGUGGCGGUGGCUGGCCCUUCAGAUUCAAACGCUCCAACUGCUCAGCUGCCUCGCAUCUGGCUGAGUUCUCGGCUUUGGGCGCCCCGUUCAGGAUUCCUCAGUCCUGGCACCAUAACUCUCCCAAACAGGAAGGCUUACGGUGGUUAAGGUUACAGGCUUUAAGAGCAAAGAUGAUAAAAACAGGUUCACGGGGUGUUAGAGUUGGAAGGAAAGUUAAGAUAUUCCGGCUUUGACUCAAAGCUGAGGCAGUCGGGGCUUAAACUCGCCCCAGGUCUCACAACUGGUUUAUGGCAAGAACUGGGACAGUGGCUCUGCCCUUGGACCGUGGGCUGGGUGACAGGCCUGCAGAGCCUGACUUAACGCUGCUCCAAGGGCUACCCUGGCGGGGGGCGAGGUCGUCCCCGGAGGGCGGUGGGGAAAGGGUGCCGCCGGCGUGACGACGUGUCCUGCCCCCGGUCCGCUCGCGGGCCCUGGACCCACUUGGGGACCCAAGAUCUCGGUCCGGCCACGCCCACCCGGCAAGGGCGACCCAAGCCGCUCCGUCCGCCAAGGCCCCUGCGACUGCGGGAGGUCUGGCCCCACACUGCACUCGGACCCCGAUCCAGACCCCCAAUCUGGGCCCUCGGUCGCCCACCAAACACCAGGAGCGAAAACGCCAGCCCCAGGAGGGUUCGAGCUUCGCCGGACUUCAUUUCCCAUAGGUCUCCGCUUGUGCCCACAGACUGACGGCAGCGGUAGCCAAUAAGAUUCGGAGAUGGUUUAGGCGCGAUUUGUUCCGGACGAAUCAUUGCCGAGGGGUGGGGCUUUCCCACAAAGUGAAGUCGGGGUUCGGAACCGCAGCUGGAAGUGACUGAGCGGGAAUUCGGGGAGCCGGCAGCCUCUCACCCUACCGGCCGGUGGCACAGAGAGGGGGUUCUUUCCAAAGUGUCCCUGGCCGCCGAAGGCGGGCGAGUAUCCCCGCGAGCCCCCGCUGACCCGCGUCACACCGGCGGUCACCCAGCCGGUGGCUCCGCCGAGGCCGCUCGUGUGGAGCUGAGACCCAGUUAUUUUGCCACCAGAGAAAGUACUUCUCCGUCCUGGGUGUCCUCUGUGGUGACGCGUCACCCCCUCAGUCCUCGCCCGACACCCCGCACCCCCACUCCCUCACGUCUGUGAGCACAGCCCUGGGAGAGGCAGGGGGACCCCGCCGGCGCUAGCGCGCAGCCAUCAGCUGUGGAGCGACCGCUUGGAGCCCAGCAAGCACCGUUCCCUUAGGGCCUGGACUGCUUGGAGCCCAGCAAGCACCGUUCCCUUAGGGCCUGGACUGCGGUGCAGCAGGAUGGGUGCAUUUCCUCAGACCUGCUGUG